GUUGAGAUUGAUGCUGCUGGCAAGUGCCAUCUCUUGAAUCUUCGCCAUUAUAAGGAGAUCACGCACCCCGAUUACUGGAAAGCUUUGUGUGUGUCCUCCGAUAAAGUCAAGGAGCGCAAGCUCAGGAUCGCUUUCUUCUCCGCCACGCCUCAAGGUGGAGGUGUCGCCUUGAUGAGACACGCUGCUAUCCGUCUCCUCAAGCUCCUUGGCGUCGACGCACAUUGGUACGUCCCCAAGCCUCGCCCCGCCGUCUUCGACAUCACCAAACGCAAGUUCCACAACGUCCUCCAGGGUGUUGUCCCCGACAACGAGAAGAGUCGUCUCACCGACAAAGACAAGAAAGUUUGGCUUGACUGGAACAAGGACAAUUUUGAGGUCUUGUGGAACGAGGACGAUGGCCCCGUCGCACAGUCCGACUUGAUCAUCAUCGAUGAUCCUCAACUUUGUGGUACCAUUCCCAUGAUGAAAAAGAAGAACCCGAAGGCGAGGAUCAUCUACCGCAGUCAUAUCGAGAUCAACAACGAGUUGGUCGAGAAGGAUGGUUCUCAUGCUCAGGAGUGCUGGAACUUCCUUUAUCAGUUCAUCCAGGAGGCUGAUUUGUUCAUUUCCCACCCUGUCGCUGGGUUCAUCCCACCGAACGUGAGCAAGGACUCCGUUCUUCUCAUUCCGGCCUCUACUGAUCCCCUCGAUGGUUUGAACAAGCCUUUGAGCGCGAGAAUGAACGGAUACUACCAGACGGUCUUCAACCGUAUCUGUGUCGACCAAGGCUCCCCUCGUCUCGGCGAGGGCCGUCCCUACUUCAUCCAAGUCGCCCGCUUCGACCCUAGCAAGGGUAUCCCAGACUGUAUCGACGCCUACAAGCAGUUCCGCGAGAACCUGAAGGAAGCCAACUUUGGCGCCGGCAAACACUCCCCCGAAAUCCAGAAAAUGACGCCUCAACUUGUGAUUUGUGGUCACUCCUCCAUCGAUGACCCCGAUGGUUCGAUCGUAUUCCAACAAGCCGUGCAACAACUCGAGAAGAAGAAGUACAGAGAUGUCGCACCGGAUAUUUGCGUGGUUAGGUUGAGCUCGAGUGAUCAGUUGUUGAAUGCGUUGAUGAGGGAUUCGUUGGCUGCGUUGCAGCUUUCGCAUCGUGAGGGAUUUGAGAUUAAGGUUACGGAGGCUUUGGCAAAGGGCAAGCCGGUCAUUUGCUAUAAGUCUGGUGGUCUGCCACUCCAGAUCGAUGAUCAUAAGACUGGGUUCGUGAUUGAGAGGGGCGAUGUGGCUUCCGUUGCCAAGGCCAUGACGGCUUUGGUCAUCAAGGACAGUUACCUGAAG